AUGGAAGAUAAUAAAACACCACGCAAAAGAGUUGCCAAUUUCACUGCUGAUGAAAAAGCACUUUUAGCUCAAUUGAUCAAGAAAAGACCGAUUAUCGAAACAAAGUUCACAGAUGGAAAAUCAAUUGUAAAGAAAAAAAUGGCUUGGGGCUCAGUCACCGAAGAAUUCAACUGCAAUGCUCAUGUCACCAAACGUGAUACAAUAACAUUAAAAAGAGCAUGGGACAACUUAAAAGCCAUGACACGUAAAGCAAGGGCCACAGAAAGGGGGAAUCUUAUAAAGACUGGUGGUGGACCAUCAGAUCUCCCACCUACCUCACAGCAAGGUGCCAUAAUAAGUAUGGUAGAAGAGGCUGCUCCUGUAAUAAUUUGUGAAGUCCAAAACACAUUUGACAGUGAUGGGACCGUCUUACUUUCGAUUGAAAACUCACAGAAAGAAAACGUUCACCUAGAGGAUUUUGAGGCAAAACUGGAAAACAGUCAAACAGAUACUGUAGAACCAGAAGUUACCUUGGAACAGAACAUAGGACGAAUAUACCAUGUCCAAAAAGCCCUCGAAGUGAACAGAACGUUAUCACAUAUUUGCCUAGAUGAAUAUAUGGAACAAGAGUAG